AAUCUCCGGCAAAACUCCGGCGUAAUCUAUGGCGGAGGAAAAUCAAGAUCACACCCUAGAAUUGAAACCAAGAAGAAAACAACCACACUUUGUGCUAAUACAUGGCAUGAGCUUAGGAUCAUGGUGCUGGUACAAAAUCAAGUGUCUCAUGGAAGUCUCUGGCUUCACAGUCACUUGCAUCGACCUCAAAUCCUCCGGCAUAGAUCCUUCCUCUGCCGAUACUCUAACUUCCUUCGACCAAUACAACCGGCCACUCACCGACUUCCUCUCCUCCUUACCCGAACAAGAACAGGUGAUACUUGUGGGUCACAGUGCAGGAGGGCUUAGUGUAACGAGCUCGAUCCAGAGAUUCCCUAAGAAGAUCUGUCUGGCUGUUUAUAUCGCAGCCACAAUGCUCAAAAUCGGGUUUCAGACAGCUGAAGAUUUGAAAGAUGGAGUGCCUGACCUAUCAGAACAUGGUGAUGUCUAUGAGCUCGGUUUCGGUUUAGGACCCGAGAAUCCUCCUACUAGUGCCCUUAUCAAACCUGAGUUCAGACGAAAGCUCCUUUACCACAUGAGUCCUCAACAGGAGUGUGUAUUGGCUGCGUUAAUGAUGAGACCAGCUCCGCUUCUGGCGCUCACAACUGCGAAAAUGGAAGAGGGAAAAGGAAAAGAAGAGGAGGAGGAGCUGGUACCGCGCGUGUACAUCAAGACAUUGCACGACCGGGUGAUGAAACCGGAGCAGCAGCAGGCGAUGAUGAAACGGUGGCCACCGAGACAAGCUUAUGAAGUGGACAGUGACCAUUCACCUUUCUUCUCUAACCCUUUUGUUCUCUGCGGUUUACUCAUUAAAGCUGCCGUUUCUGUGGGUUCUAUCUAAAGCACAAAGGAUUAUGCGUGUGUAUUGUUGUUGUAGUUGUGUGGUUGAUUAAAAACCCGGUUAAGUGAUCGGUUUACGGGCCUAGUGGAGAUGGUAUUUAAUA